AUGUCCAGCAACACAGUCUAUUUGAUUACAGGCACCAAUAGGGGCAUUGGGAAGCAUAUUAUUGCUUCUCUAGUUAAGCGCCCCUGCACAACAGUUAUCGCCACUGUUCGUGACCCUAAGUUCGUCUUUACGGGUAUCACUCCGCACGCAACCAGCAAGCUCGUUACCUUCGCCCUUGAUGAUGAAGUCUUGGAGAUCAACUAUGCUAGUCUGCCCUCUCGUGUGCUUGAGAUAGUGGAUCAUCUGGACAUCGUAAUCGCAAAUGCUGGCUACUCUAGUGGCUUCAAAUUUAUCAAGGAGACGACGGCUGAUGAGAUCGCCACUGACUUCCAAGUUAACACUAUCGGUGUUGUGAAAUUGUUCUUUGCCACCAGGGAACUGCUAACCAAGAGCAAAGCGGGUGAUGCGGGUAAAAAGUUUGUUAUUGCCAGCAGCAACCUUGCCAGCAUUGCAGACCGUCCGAAUAUUCCUAGUGCAUCAUACAGCAUUAGCAAGACGGCGGUUAACCAGUUCGCAAAGAUGGCUAGUAUCGAGUUCAAACAUGAAGGCCUGAAGGUUGGUCUUCUUCAUCCUGGUUGGGUCAAAACGUCUAUGGGUCAGGCACUUGCGGAUGUACUUAAUCAGAAGGAGCCGCCAUUAACAAUUGAGGAGAGUGCUCAGAGAGUUAUCAAAAUUACUGAUGAGCUGAAUAUCGAAACAUCUGGUACCUUCUUCAAUAGUGAUGGCUCGGUCAUUGCAUGGUAA